CUCUCCAUCCCAUACACCGGCUGCUCGCAAGUGGGUUUGAUCUCCCACUCCCUAAAUGUAAGUGCACGGCCCCACAUCGGAAACCUCCUGUGUGCAGUUUUCGAAGAAUUUUUUUUGUUGAAAGGAAGUUGAAAUCCUUUGUUCGGUAUCAUUCUGCUCACCUUCAUUCACAGAUCGUCUGCCAGGAGAAGCUAAAAAUCGUUUUAGAGUAAAUUUUUUUUCCUUCUCUUUUUCAUCUUGAUAUUCGAUUUUACCGGCUUUGUUUUGAAUGUGUGGAACACUGCGUUGCCUAACUUCUAUGGGUUAAUUUUGUGUGUGGUUCAGUGGUUUUUAAGCUGUUUUAAAUAUGGUGAUAUCAGCUGUUUGGAUUUCUUUUAUAGUUUUAACUCAGCAACUCCAUCCUGCAAAAUCAGAUGAUUUCAGUGUGCCAAACAUAUCUGACUCUUAUAUUCCUACAGUCACACCUUUUGAUAAUGAAAAUGAAUUUAAGAACAAACUCUCUAGUGAAAAUGAAAGUGCGCUAAACUUAAAAACUGAUAGUGAUAAUUUAACAUGUAUUAAUAGUCAUAAUUGUUCCAUAAGCGCAACUACACCUCAGACUUUAUCUACAUUGUCCAAAAUAACAUGGAACCCUGUUCCUGUUAAAGUUUCUCCAGAAGCGACUGAUUCCUUUAUCAGUGCUGAAACUCCUACUGAUAGUUCUCAAUUUUCUGAUGCUAGUCUAGGUGAAAUACAUUCCACUUUGCCAACACCCUUGAAAACCAUUCCUACUCCCAAUGAGAUUGUUGAUCACCACGACGGCAAUGAGCUCGAUUCUGAGGUUAAACAAUCUGAAAAUAACUCAAUUUCUUCAACCAUUUUAACUGAACCAACUGUAUCAACUACUCAGCAAUCUACUACUGAGUAUAAGGAACAAUCGUCUGAUCUUACGACCUCUAAUUCCGUACAAAUGGAAUCUAAUGCUGUUACAAAUUUAGAAACAACGACGCAACCAAACAUAUCGCCCAUUUCGACAAUACCUACAUUAUCAAUAGCCAUUACAAGCGCACAUAGCAACACGCAUGAUAAAGAACAUUUUAAAAGUUCGCCCAUUGUUAAUGAAGAUCUGAACAGUUAUCCUUCCACUAUCACAGAUUCUUCACCGCAUAGCGAACAAGAUGCUGAAUCCUUGUUGCCCAAUGAUCUAAAUCUAAUCCAAACAUUAAGCACUUUGUCAUCAAAGAAACUUAUUAUUGAAAACUUUUCUACUUCAUCAGCUGAAGAAUUAAAUAAGGCAUCUACAGAAUUGCAGCCAUUUGAAGUUACUACCUUAUCAUCUAAGGAACUAAAUAACGAUGAAAUCAUUACUUCUUUAUCGAAAGAACCGAACAAUGAUGAAGUCAUAACUUCAUCUCCCAAAGAAACAAAUACUGAAGAAGUUACUACGUCAAUUAAAGACUUGAGUACCAGUGAAGUUCCUGCAAGUCCGAAGAACUUAAAUACCGAUGGAGUAAAAUUUGCCACUGAAGUUUCUGUUAAUGCGGAAUCCCGUGAAUUUGAAAGUACUUCCACGGAGCGUCUAUUGACUAAAGUUAAAAAUAGCGAAAUUGUUAGUUCAACUGAAACAUUGGGAAGAACUGCAUCAAAAAACGUUCGUUUCGAUGAAAGAUCAGAAACUCCACAGUCAUUAUCCCAUGAGCAAGAUGUUUCGCCAUCAUCGGUUAUUUCUCAAACUGCAGCUUCUGAUACACUUAGGAAAACAACUGCAUCCACAGUAUUAGAUUUAAGUACUGCAGUACCUUUUCUAACUACAGAAUAUGCAAUUGAUGCUGAUGUCUCAACGAAGGGAAGUACUAUAAAUAUUAUGAGUGAAAACAAUACCACAGAAUCCACUCUUUCCUCCGGGUUUACCAAAAUGAGUGAUAUUCAGAGCACUAAUAUAGACAUCGAACUAACAUCUGAAAUGAAUUUUGACAAUCUUGGCACCUCCGAUUCAGAAACUUUCAUGAAUAACCACGUUUUUGAAAUCACCGAACAAAUUUCCGAAGAAACAUCCGAAACAAUCUCAAAUGCAGAUUACUCUGAUCUAUCAUCUAGUAAUUCAGAUUCGGAAAUUGCAACCGAAAAUACUGAAGAAGUAGAAAAUGCAAUGAGCUCAACUGAUAAGGAAUAUAACCUGUCUUCCGAAACAUCAAGAAUUUCAAGUAUCAGUACUCCCAUACCAUUCCUGUUUCGAACACCACACGUAAAUGAUACAAUUGCAACUACCGAUUCUGUUCAGGGUGGUGGAACAAUAUCUGAUGCCGAUACUUCGACUGUUUCAUCUUUUCCUGAAACUACAGAAACAAGUACGAUUUUCGUGAAUGAGAUUUCGUCUUCUGAUUCACCACAAACAGCACGUUCUUUGCCUUCAGAUUAUUUUCAUCCUAUCGAAAAUGUAUCAAAUUCAAUCUCCAGAAACAUAACUCAUUUGUUUGUGGCUGGAGAAUCUUCUACCACUUCCAGCGGUGAACCAUCCACUACCACUUUGGAGCAAGAUGGCAUGUCUAAUCAUAUUCCAUUGAUGGUUUCAACUGAAGAAGAAAGUAGUCUUAAUACUAUAGAAACUACUUUUUCUGAAACGUCAGAUACGUAUUCUACUCUUGUGAGUGAAAUAGAUAGCACUAGUACGGAAGGUUUUUCUGAUGAAAGUGGAAGUUCACAUUUUACCACUACACUCACUGAUACAUCAAGUUCCAAUCUGUUUACCAUGGCCACUCACAGGGAAGGGAAACAUAUACCUUUUAGUACAACCAACUCCAAGGAUAAAUCUGAUGAAAAUCCAUCUGGCGGAGUAAUUGUUGUGACAACUUCAACUUCACAUGAAAUCCAGGUUACUGAAAAAAGUUUGAAAAUGAUUCCUGUUCUGCAGAGAGAAUACGAAGAUCUGACGACAGAGCAGAAAACUAAUAUUAUUACUUCAGUAGUACAGCUGCCAUCAAAUUAUAAUAGCGAUGACAUAGUAAAUGAAAAAGUAGCUCAAAUUCAUCAAUGGAUGCAAAAUGUUUUGGAGAUAGAUUUUAGAAAUAGAACUAAGAAUUAUUUGAGUGACGAGCUAAAAUCUAAAGUGGACGCAGCUGAUAAACAUUCAUUGGAGCUUAUCUAUAUUCAUCCAACCCCUGAAGUGCACCUUUCCAACAUUUCAUUUACUUUUUAUGCUUUUGACAACACUUUAAAUGAAACACUGCCUGCCUACUUUUUGCUCUCUUCAUUAAGAACCAAGUCAGAAGAGUUAUUGUCUUUAGUGAAUGCUAAUGCGACAUAUUUCUACCAUGGACUUCUACCAGAGAAAUAUGAUUUCCUAACAGUAAUCAUAGAAAAGUAUGGUACUAUAGUUGCUGCUACCUGUUUGGCUGCUCUUGUGUUGAUUAUUCUUUUAGUUUGUGUUGUGAUAUACUACAGAAGAAAAACACGUUAUUCCGCCCAUAAUUUAACUAAUACUAAAUUGCACAGAAAUAUGCAAGAAGCGAUGGGAUUGGAUUUGAAUCCUGCUGUUGUUAUAUUACAAGAUGAAUUAAAAGAAAAAGUUAUGAAUGGAAAUAAAGUGUGUAGUUUGGAUGAUAAUGAGGGGUGGUUGGUACCCUUCACUGAUGUGCCCCUGGGAGAAGACAAAGAUGCACCACGUGUCCAAGAUACAAAGCUAUAAAUUAAAAUUCCAUUUUUGUUUGUAUAUGAUGCCAAAGUUACUGUAUCUUGAAUGAACUGUUGCAUGCAAUGUAAAAAAAGGACAUGUUUUAAUAAUUAGUUGUUUUAAAUUGCUUUUUCCCCCCACAUAAAUGUAAUUUUUUUUUUUUAAGUUUCAAUAUGAAUAGCCAUUAAGUAGUAAUGUAUGUAUAUGUAUAUUCAGAAAACUGGAGCCAUUUCGUUUAGAAACAUUGUAUGUCCAAUAAUGGCUAGUGAGAAUUUUUGUCCUUUUAUUUUAUGUAAAAAUGUUAGAAUGUAAUCACAACUGUAAAUAUUGAAUGUGUGUAAGUGCCUUUUUUGUCACAUCUAAUAAAAUGUUUUUUUAAUGUA